AGCUUUGGGUUUAGUAUUUUUGACAUUCAAUGUUUAGUUUUGAUGUUUAACAUUCAGAUUUUUAUUUCUCAUUCAGACUGAACUUUUAACAUUAAUAUCUUUAACAUUUAGAUCUAAUUCUCAACACUAUUUUUUUUACGUUUUGUUUUAAGACUAAAAAUUUUACAUUAAGAUUUAUAUUGAACAUUUGGAUUUGUUAAACUUAGAUUCAGGUUUAACAGUGACAUUAUCUUCCAGUUUGCCUUUUUCCUUCUUUGCACUGUUAACUUGAUACAUGACAGAAUAAAGGAACAAUCAACUCUGUAUGCCACUUGGCCAAAAGCACAGCCAUAGACUGUAUAUAGUAUGGUUAAGCUGACAGAAAAAAAUCCAUCUCAAUCUCAUCAUCAAGGUAUGUUAUUCAACUGUGUGAAGUUUGAUUUCAUGGGAUUUCAGACAGAUUAAUGUGUUUCAGUUGUUAUUGUAAUUUUAACAUGUGAACAUACAGAUUGUGGGACUAACAAAUCUAGAUAAUGCGGCUGUAUGGUUCAAUCAGCCUGAAACUGGUCUAAGCAUUUUUUCUUUGUCUCAAAGUUUGCACGCCAGGCUCUGACUGGAAAGUUGAAAAGCAUAAAUGUGAUGCUGGGAAGCCAAGAUGAAGACUAAACCAAAGAAAAAGUGUACAUUUAGAAAGACGAAGCAGUCUUACCCUACAUUUAAAAGAUACAAGGUUUUUAAAGUGACCGUGUUUCCAUCAUUUGACAUCCUGUUUGCCUCUUGCCAACACAUUUGUGGGUGUGUAUGGUAUAUGAUGUAGUAGGUCAACUUGGAAAUAGCACAGUAGUGACCAGUGGAAAAGGGGCAUGUCGCCACCUACUGUAGCGAUUGUGGAAAUGCUUCUGUCUAUAAUUUCAAUACCAGUGGUCCAGUUGAAUUGCUUUAUCAACCUAUUACUGUAGUUCAGCUUAACUGUACAUGUAAAUGUAGGAGCUGAAUGUGGAGAAAUGUUAUUUUUAGAAAAAGAAGCUCUUUCUAAAUCCCUGAAGGAAAAUUCAAUUGUCUGUAGUCUCAUGUGCCAUGUCUCAAGUCGUCUACGAUUUAUAGAUGAAUUGAAAAGUCAAAUGGCUGUGGGUACAAAAGAUCUUCUGAAUCUUUGUGAGAGGAGCCAUCCACUUCGAUUGGCCCUUUGGUCAACACCAUAACACCAUCAAGGUGUUACAAAGUGGGUGAUCCAUUUCCCUUAGAAUAGACUCCACCUUCCUCAGUGGACAUCCCUCCACCACAUCCUCCAGUGAGUCCAACUUGAUACCAACGACAGAGCCAGCUUUUUAAAUCAGUCUGUUCAGUCGUCUUGCAUCUUUGUGUUUGAUACCGCCUCCCCAGCAGACUGCAGCAUAGAACCGAACACAGUAGACACCACAGACUGAUAAAACAUCUGCAGCAUCUAACCACAGAUGUCUUCUCAGGCAAAAGAGGUGGCUCUGCUCCUUUUUUGUAUAUGAAAUCCACAAAAUCGGCACCUCAUACAGGCAGUUUGUCUCUACAUUUGUUGGCUUGCUCAUACCUGUUAGUGUAUACAGAGGAUAUAGCACGCAGACACACACCCAGAGAGAAACAAAGACAUGUUGAUCCUCACUAACGCAUUUAUUGCGGCAUGUUAAUUUGAACAGUAGCUGUUAAGACAUGCUGAUAAUUACAACAGUAGAUUAUUUGUUGAAUGCAUUGAUGAAACACAGUUAGUUGUUGUUGUUAUUAUUAUUAUUAUUAUUAUUAUUAUUAUUAUUAUUAUUACCAAGUUAACUGGCAUAUAAUGAUGAAUAACCAUCUUCAUGCUGAUCAACCUGGGUUCACAGAUCUCCUACAGGCAGAUGCAAAGUUCACGCUAUGCUGCAUGUCUAAACUCAUCCAACAUUAUGGCAUUAUGAAGUUAUCUCAUGCAUCCUGUCACUGUUCACAUACCCAAAGCUUUGCAUAUUGAAUUGAAACUGGUCGGGUUACUCUGUUAUUUUAAAGUGAGGACAUCUGGAUUUGUCUGGAUAUGUGAGAUCUGCAGGGAUGUUACAGAACUUAAAGCCUCACCGUCAGCCUUGGGAUGAGUUACUCCUUCUUGAUUCUUACACUGUUAGAAGGAAGGUUAAAGAUACACUGUGUCAUGAAGUAAUUCAUACACUGACUUGUGGUGCAAAGUAGUGAUGGGCAUGGCAGUUCUUUUAGAUGUACUGAAUCACUAGAAUCAGUUCACUAAGAAGAUUUGUUCAAAAGAUUCGUUCACCAAAUCAGCGCUUGGCGGGAGGAGUCUGCGACUCCGACCUCCUGAACUGAUACACAGCUGAACGGUUCAGGAUUCAGUUCAGUUCAUAGUCUUUGGGACCGGGAGAGGAGAGUGUUUGGGAACUGUGUUGAAACUGUGUUGCUUUGGCAAUCAGGUUUGUAAAAUGAACUUGUCAUGAUGUUUUAAGUGUACUGUCCUGUGGUUUGCUAUUUAUCAAGUCUGCUCGGUAAAUUACGCUCAGUGAGUAACUCGUUCGCUGAACGUUUAGAAGAAUUCACACUGAACAUGCACCGUUCCCUCACAAACCACUGCAAUAAUAGGAUGCUGCAAGUUUUAUGCACUACUUGUUACAUGUUGUGUCCCAUUGUAUGCAAGUUGUUGUGGUGGCAAUUAAGCAGAAAAAAAAAAGUUAUUUUUGUCCGACAAAAAUGAUUCCAGAGAGUGUAGUUCAACGCGUGAUUCUUGUGUCGGUGUAUGUGGUCCCUCGUCUGCUGGCUGCUCGCCUCGUAAUGCUGCGUGCUGCUGAUGUGCGCUGUUGACAGCUCAACUGAAGUGAGAAACAAACGAAUCACUUGAGAAAGUGAUUUAGUUCAGAAAGUUCACUUAAAAUAUUUGGUUCUUUUGAGUGAAUGGUUUAUGAAUGACACAACACUAGUGCAAAGGAGAAAACGUUUCUUUAAGAUUGUAAUUAUUGUAACUAUAGGAUGUGCUUUGGUAGUCAAACGUGUUUCCACGCCCUUUGUUCCUAAACAUUUGUCUCUGUUCCAAACUUGUUCAGCACAAGUGAACACAUAAUUAAAAACAGGUUUACAUUAUACACAACACACUCCACUGUCCCUGGCUGAAAUCUUCUCUGUCCUGUGUAGAUAGUUAAUUUUUUAAGAGCUUUUUUGUGUGCCUGCAAACUUUUCCCCAACCAAUUAAAACCCUUUGAAAUCUGUCGAAAAAACCCCAAGGCUUGAGUAUCUCAUUAGCUCCUUCUACGCUCAUAUAUUCCAGGAUAAGAAACACAUGAGAACUGAGUCAGCUCUGCCUCUAACAAACCACACAGCAGCAUAAUGUGAGCUUGAAUAAAUCUCCAGAAUAAAUCACCUAUCAUUUUUAUGAUAGGUGAAAGUAAAUAAGAUUAACCCUAACCCUAAACCUAACCAUUUUUUGUUCAGAAGACUGUACUUAAGCAUAAAAAAGAAAUGAUAAGCAAACAGUGCUUUGUCCACAGGGGGGCGCCAAUAUAGACAAAAAACAAAAGUUCUGCACAGGAGCUUUUUUUCCAAGACAUUAAAAGUGACUUUACAUCUAUUAAGAUGUGCCUUGAUCAAUCAGAAAUGAGGUCAAUCAUGAUUAACUAUUGAAAGCAAUUGAUAAUGAUAAAAAAAAUCAACCUUAAACAGCUCUAGUUUUUGCGCUUUUAUAGUCUUUUCCAAGUGAACAAAAUUUCCAGUGGAGUUUUACGUUCUCAUUCUAGCCACUGCCGGACUAGUUUGCUUUUGUAGGUGGCAUCGUUGUUUACUUCUGUAUGUUUUAUUGCCGGAUAAUUCCUUAUAGUAUUUCUGAGGCAAAAGUCUAAGUGCACCAUCCUUUAGGAUAUAAGCUUGAUUUAUUCAUUACUCAUUACUGCACAUGCUAUUUGUGGGGUAAGAAUAAAGACAAAAAAACAAGAAAAGGCAUUAGAUAAACAUCAAGAAAAUGCACUCCUCUUAUUUAUGCGCUGUUACUGAACAAGCUUCAUUUACACAUACAAUGAUCUAUGCACAAACAGAGUUGUAUGGACAUACACCAAUGGAGACACAUAAGAGUGAGGGUCUGCGCACAGACAAGUGCACUGAGCAGUUGAGGACUUGCACAAAGACACUUUGGCAGAGAAAGGGAAGAGCCCAUUUUCCACACUUAGAUCCACAUCAGGGCACACCGGUGACCCCUCCCCUGCACCAAAGCCAAGUCCAUGCAGGCUGAGCUCCUGUCGUGAAUGACUCAUAUAGGUAUUAUACACAUAAUCUGCAGAUUGAGGAAUUGCUCAAUGACUGUUGCAGUGGUUAAGAGGGUGUUGUCUCUUCACCAUAAACAAAGACAUUUAUUCUUCAGGUUGAAAAUAUUGGGAGCCCAUAAUGCUGCAUUGAAAGCACUUACAGUUCAUCCCAAGAUAAGGACAAAAGUAGAGCAAAAAAGUAGAACGUACAAAUAUUUGUUAACAAACUGAGUGACCUUAACUGUAGGUAAUCAAUAGUAGAUGCGCAUCUAUAAUCCUUGUGGUCAAGGGUUUUGGUUUUGUGUCAACAAAAAGAAACGUCAUAUGCGAUCUUCAUGUUCCAAUUUGUGAUGGGAAGUUGUCUUUUGAAAUGGAAAUAUACAAUUUAAAAACUGAUGGUGUGAGACAGUCAAAAAUUUAUGAAAUAUGUGGUCAGAAUUGUAGCAUGGUCGAGGCACUUUUUUUUGUACUUAGUACUUUGUCAGGGCUCUUUUAGAAGAAUUACCACAUUAGUACAACGUGACAUGUGGCUUUCAAUCACUGGGAGCAUAAAGUGCUCUAAAAUCUCCUGGUGGACUUUAGGCUAAAUUGAUUGUAGAUUUGAUAAAACACUACGGACCAACACCAGAAGAUGAGAUGGCAUCACAACUGGUCACAUACUGUGGAAACUUCAUGUUACCUUAGACUCUGGGCCUCUCUGACCGUCCUCCAGACUCUGGGACCUUGACUCCCAAAGAAGAGCCAAACUUCACUUUCAUCUGAAGAUUAGAGCGCUUUUUAGGACUGAAACAACUGACAAGAAACCAAACGUUUUCAUGAAAUCCUUAAAUCUAGAGAUGGUGGAUGUUUCUGAUUUUUGUGGGGUUAUUCAAUUUACUUACUUUUUUGGCUGCAUCUUAUCAAGUUUUCUUAUCUAACAUCAUACAGUUUUUUUUUUUUUCAAAACAAUUCACAGUGACCUAAGUGAGCUCCUUUUUUCUAAGUUGUUUCACUGUUUUUUUCCACACCCCUCCAGGCGAAGAAAACCGUCUUUAAAGGCCUAAUGUAAAUCUGUUUCCUUUCACGCCAUGGGAAUCUUGACUGUAGAAUAUGAGCUCUUACCUGUUUUACAGCCUUCCUCUCUUGCUCUCUCUUUCUCUCUCUCUCUUUCUCUGGUAUGUAAGGCGUUUAAGUGUUGUACUAUGUAAUUUUGCUCGCUAAAUCUUGAUUUCUCUGAAAGUAUACAUCCUUAAGUACCUUUUUUAUCAUUAGCAGAAGAUUGUACAAUGAUUGCAAAUGUCUCUCUGUAUCUAAAAAGUGUCAGGACAUUAAAUAUUACAAAUUUAAGAUUUUUCACACAAUUGUUUGCGUUAGCAUAUAGACACUGACGGGGACUGCUGACCUUUUCCAUUAAGACAUUCCUUUCCAGUGUAACACACUCUGCAAAGAUACAGAUGCGUCGCCUUUCAUAUAAGACACUCAAGCAACAAUAUGCAAAGUCUGCAUGAUGCCUGAAGCCCCUAGACCUUACCAAGCCAGAACAGGCCUAUAUGAUACCCUCCCCUCCUCUCCCUCUCUGAGUAUCUCCCCCUGCAGUCAGCCCACAGACACACAGACAAACAGGACACCUGGUUGAUUUGUCAACUCUGGGCGUUUCCAAACAUUGCUCGUCUUGUAGAGCAAGUUGACUGAGGGGGAUCACAGACACUUCAGCAGAUCACCGGCACGAGAGCAAAGAGCAGCACAGCCAACAUGAGCAGGUAAGAGUCUGAUGCUCGUCAAUCAAAGCAGAAUAAAGACAGGAGGGUCAGAGAACGAGGGAGUGAAUGAGCAGAAUGAGCAGCAGCAAGACCAGCAGCUGAAAACAAGUUAAUUUGAUGGUAUGAUGGAUGAGAGUCCCAGAUUUACAGUGGUGGAAGAAGAAGAAAAAAAGUGGCCUGUGUUCAAGAUGUUUCACUCCUCAUGUAAGAGGAGUUGUUAUGCUUGUUUUCUACUAAAAAGACAAAAAGGCAGUGAUUUAAUAACUUUGCUUCCGCUUGCAGGUGCAUUUUGACAGAAUAAUCCUAUUUCUAGAGUUCACAUCAAGACUGGAUUGUCUGCAUUCAAUGUUCAUACAGAAAGAUAAACAUACACUGUCUCGAUGGCUUCAAUGAACUGACUUAAACUUUGUGUACAUUCAUUUCCUUUUUACGUUGACAGUAGUUUUUUAUCCAGUCACAGCUUUGUCAGAUUAAACCAGCUGUACUUGUCCGAAUAAAAGGCGCAUUAUCAUGAGUUUGAAAAUGUGUUACAACUGAGCAGCAGUAUAUCAGACAGUAACACUAAUGUGCACAAACUGAUUGUAGUUAUGUGUGUGUCCUGGUUUAAGUUUGUACUAAAACCGGAAAUCUUGAGUGUGUCAUUGUAGACCUUUCCACCUAAAGCCAUGUAGUUUCUUUGCACCUUCACACCGGAGAAGUUUUUACUGCCAUGUGGGGUGAUAUUUAGUAUAAUGUUGGCUCAUUCAGGGUUCAUAUAUUUUGGGCAGGUUAAUCUUUACAGGUAGAAUGUAAUUUUUUUAAAAUUUUAUAUUAAUGUCUAACUAUUCUCUUAAAUUUACAUGACAAAAAAAGACAAAAAGACCAUUUAAGGAGGUCUACGUAGUGACCUCAAUACCUAAAACUGGUGCUAGACGGUUGGUAUGAGCCAAGCCGACAGAAGUAACGGCCCUUUUUUCCCACAUUUUCCUCUUUUUUUUCAAAAUUUAAGGUACAUUUGAUGGUGACAAAGUAACAAGAAUGAAAUUUAUGGUCAGAAGACACUAUUUAGACAAACACAGAUUCCUUAGUCCACAGGCAAAAAUAGUCAAAACUGACACAAAUUGAAAGUUGGACACAGUGUGAAAGCUCGUCUCCCUUUGACCCCACUGACAUUAUCAAGAUAAUUCAAUCAAAGUGAGAUUCUUUCUGGGACAAAAUCCAAGACGUUCUCAAUCCACAUCAGGAUAAAGUAGAGGAGGUUUCAGUGAUGGCAUCAGAAGAAUAAAAAUGUGAUAAUUCAAUUGAACGAAAUACAAAAGCUAAUUAUGAUGUUAGCUUUCAUCAUGUUCCCCAAGACAUUAGUGUCCCAGAGCUGAAUAGCUCUGAUAUUACCUGCUACUUCUACUACAUCAGAAAUGUUAGACUGCAAGCUAGCGUAAAGAGGAGUGUGCAGAGCAGCGCUGUCUCUGCCCACCACUCAGAGGCCAAUUGCUAAUGAUCUGCUGGAGCUCUGCAGAAGAAAAAUCCUUGAAAUUGAUACAGGUAACAUGAUUUUGGCUAAAAUCUGGUAACACCACUGAUAGCCCUUUAAAUAGUAGAUCUCUAUGGACAAAGCAAUACCUCUAAUCUCUUUGCUGGUCUUUUCUGACACAUGAUUUCGUCCUGCUUUGUUGCUGCUGAUGGUUUUGUUUACGUUUGUGGGUCAUAAAAAAGCACCACUGUAAAUUUCAGUCUGUUUCCUAACCAGCUAAAAACUCCUCCCAGAGGUUUGAUAUGACAGUGAAUUAUUAUCUGCAAAACAAAAAAAAGUGUGAGUGCUUAUUUGCAUGCAAUACCAUCAUAUUGCUACAAGACAUUUCAGGCCACAGAUGAACUUGUUUUGCAGGAUUAAAAAUGAAGAAGAUUACAGAUUACAGUUGCAGUAACGGGAGGGGUUUGGGGUGACCGCAUCUGGGCUGUGGGUGUACAUGUUGUUCCUGUGUGAGCUGCUACAUGGAAAUUGAAAAGUAAGUUUUGCUGACUGUCACCGUGAAUUGUGACUGAAAUGUUGGUGCUGUUCGUGUUUGGAGCAAUCGAGGUCUGAUGAAUUCAAGAAGUUACUUUAAACAUGAAACUUUGUGUAAGAACUCGUGUCUCUCAGAUUUGAAUCCUGUAGUUUGGGCAAUAAUUUGAGUUAUCGGUCAGUAUCUUGCACCAGAAUUUUUACGGCACAUUAUGUCACUCAAGAGAGAAAUUGAAACGCGUCCAAGUUGCCGACAGAGCCAGCUCGCCUGCAGCUCGUGUCUGGACACAAUUAUGGUAAAUUCCAGGAGUUUACGAGUUUGUUGUUCCUUUUCUAACCAAUGAAUACUGUGAAACAAGAAAACAAGAGGAGGAGACAAGGACAGUAGUGAAAGGGGAGAGAAGGGGGAACAAAAUGUACUUGGCAUCACAGGCUGAAAACAAUAUGACAGAUUUAAUAAUAGGCUGUUAUCACAUUGGGUCAAAAGAAAAAGGUUUUGGUUAAAAAUAGGGAACCGACUCAACAGGUCUGAGUUACCUUUGCUUUUUGGGUCAAAAGUCAGACUUCCUGUUCUGCUCUUCAUGACAUCAGUCAAAAGUCUGCACUGUUGACUUAAUAGAUUUUCUGUUGGCUUUCUGUUACUGAAGUCAAAUUUGUAUUGCGUCUCUCUUCAACUCUGUUAAGAGGCAGUAAACAAACAUAGGCACCAGGCAUGUGUCGUCACAUGAAUUAACAGGAUUAUAAUGUUUUUCACCUUUGAAUGUGUGACUGUAGUGCAGUAACACAGCUUGAGCAAAUAGCGUCUGUUUGCACAGUGAGAACACCUCAUCAGCAGGUAAAGGCAACACUACACGAGGGAGUUAACGUAAAGCAGCUGUUUUUAAAAGAGUAGUAUUAUUACGUUUAUGCUAAAUACUUAGAGAGCAAAAAAUCACGUUUAAAAAAAAUUGUGAUAUCAGUUCAGACAGCGGCGGAACGGUUUUUCUGAAAAUUCAAGUCAUCCGACUGAUGACUUCUUCUCUCUGCAGAUGUCUGAUCAAGAAGGAGGAGGUGCAGGCGUUCAUCGUGAGGUGUAUGACAGCCGUGGGCACUAAGCAGCAUCACGCACAGAGUCUGGCUGAGGUGCUGGUGGAGGGGGACCACAGGGGACACUACAGCCAUGGGCUCAACAGGAUGGGUCAGUGAGGAGCUGGAGGGUUUCCACAUUCUGUUUCUGCAUGCCUGAAUAUGUGAUAUUGUAUUGUAGCAGAGUUUUAGUGCAAAAAAGGGGAGGAAAUUGGUAAACUGUGGUCAGUUAUCGAUCACACAGAUUAUAUAUUUUAGGUAAAUGUAUAUUUAGUCUGGUUUAGAUUAAAUAUUUCAGUACUUUUGUUACAUUUUCUACAUUUUAUGAUUUAUAAUAUGAACCAGGAACUUGUCUGUAAAAUAUGUAUCGGAUUAAAGAGGAAUGGUAGUAAUUUAUACCUCUCUGUACUUUCUUUACUGCAUGUGUACUUAUUUUCUUUAGUUUGCCAUCAACAUCCCUCAGUUGUAGAUUAACGUGUUCAUUGUCACUCUGUUUUUACAUCAGACAUGUAUGUAAAGGACAUUAAAUCGGGAAUCUGUGCCAAAGACGGCGAGCCGGAGUUGGAAAAAGAGAGUGCAGCCACAGCACUGGUGGACGGGAAAAACCUGCUGGGUCCUGUGGUGGGAAACUUCUGCAUGAAUAUGGCCAUAAAGAAAGCCAAAGAGGUCGGCGUUGGCUGGGUGGUGGCACAUGGUGAGUCCUACCCCCUAAAAACCCAGAUUAAAGUUCUGAUACUUAUGUUUACAAGAUACCUGAGCAAAGACAUGUAUGCAUUCGUCUAUUUGCAACAUCUUUGUGCAACACAUCCAACAUUACUUAGACGGAGGGCUAAUGGAUAUUCGCACCUGGCUGCUGUCUUUAAAUAAUCAGGUUAAAGUCUAAUUUUUGUAAAUUAGUGUCUUAAACCAAAGUGUUGACGUUGUAGAUGAAGGUUUGUAUUUAAGGAGACAAAGGUGUCAUUAGUCAUUUGUGUCUUUAGAUCAUUAAAGAUAAUAAGGUGAAAAGAAGAAUUGUCUUACAUGAAUUAAACGCCAGACUAUUUCUUGUUGGGGCUCUAGGGUGUUCUGAUUACUGCAAACAAAUUUAAUGCAUUUGAUCAGAAUUACAAAAAAAAAAAAAAAAAAAAAAUCCCAUUAUGUGGUUUAACAGUAGUAACCUAUUGAUGCCUUUUGAAGAGUUUUAACAUUAUCUCAGUAAAUGAUUGAAAUCUGUGAACAAAGGAAACAGUAAAAGUGUUUCGCUGAUUUUAUUUAUUCUGUCUUUUUUUAGGUUCCAACCACUAUGGUAUCGCUGGACAUUAUGCUCUGCUAGCUCUGAAAGAAAACAUGAUUGUAAGUUAAAAUGUUCAUCUACAACUAAGACUAACUUUGAUUUGUUUUACUUGUACAAUUAUUUUUAAUUCAUUCAAGUCAGAGCAAGUGUUUUUGUCUAAUUUUUGAUUAAAAUGUCUUAUUAGGUUUAAUGUGAGCCACAUUUACAAAACAAGUCAAGAAAAAUGUCUUCUUUUACCCGGACUAAUUUUAUCUGAUUUUAUCUGCUGACUGUUUUUUUUUUUUUUUAUUGUUUUGCCCUGUUGCUGGUUUUUACUUUUAUUGUUGUCUUGUUGUGCACUUUGAGAUUUGUUUUUAAAUGUAAAGUGCGUUACAAAUAAAAUCUAUUAUUAUUAUUAUUAUUAUUAUUAUUAUUAUUAUUAUUAUUAUUAUUAUUAUUAUGUUAUUUCAUACAACUUUUUUUUUUCUCAAGAAACUUAAAUAGUAUUUUUUUUAUUAUUAUUAUUCCAUUUAGCUCAUUACGAGCAGUUCAGGUCUUAUUUUUGGCAUGUCAAGAUCUAAGGAAAGGUGUUUUCUGGAUGACUGAAAAGUCUAAUAAGAAUAACUUGAUCACCGCAGGGCAUGUCAUUCACCAACACCUCCCCUCUGGUUGUUCCUACACGAGGAAAAGAGGUACAUUUAUUAUCUUUUUCUAGAGUCGGUCAAUUCCACAAACAACUCCUCAGUCUUUAUUUAUUUAACAAUGUGAGUCUGCUGUCUGCAGUGCACUUUGGGCACCAACCCCAUCAGUGUGGCAGCUCCUGCUGAUAAUGGAGACAGCUUUGUUCUGGACAUGGCCACAUCAGCAGUCGCACUCGGAAAGGUAAGAGAGCCAGUCAGUCAUUGUUUGCCCAAUGCCAUGACCUGGUUAUGGUUUAAGAAUCAUAACUAAAGUCAACCUGACACUUUCUUUCAUGUGUCACUGUCUUCUCUACACAGGUGGAGCUCCAUGAACGGCGUGGAGACCCCAUACCCGUGGGCUGGGGCUGUGACGCUGAUGGGAAUAUGACCAUUGACCCUAAAAGAGUCCUGAGCGGAGGGGGCUUGGUGCCGAUUGGGGGCAGUGAAGCAACAGGUCAGAGACGGCUGAUAAAUGUCUGCACAGGGAGGGAAAAGAUCCAGCUCCAGAUUACACAUCAAAAAAUCAUUACAGUUUCUCUGAGAGUCCAGGUUUUAGACAGUUUACCCUUAUUUAGAUGUACAUGAUGCCAUGCCAUAAUUAGGAACUUAAUUACACUGUUGAAUUCAGGCAGUAUGAUUAAGAGAAGGUAUCUUGUGUUUUACUAUUUUUCUGACAGACAUGUUAUAAUCGGUUCUCUCGUAAUAGUAUUUCUAAUCUUUAUUGUCCGAUAUUUAGAGCUAAAUUUGUUUUGCCCAGCCUCUCUCUUCAUAAAACAGCUGAUUUGUUGUGUGUGUGUGUGUGUGUGUGUGUGUUUGGGUUGUAACCCUCAGGAGGUUAUAAAGGCUACGGUUUGGGAAUGAUGGUCGAAAUCUUUUGUGGGAUCUUGGCCGGCGCCAAAUACAGCAAAAAUGUUCGCACGUGGAAAGUAACAGACCGUGUUGCUGACCUGGUAUGUUUUUGGUUUUUUUUGCCUUCAACUUCCGUUUUAAAUUGUGUUAUAUAGGGGGAAAACUAACCCAUAUUUACAAUAAAAAUGCCUCUUGUUCUAUUGUACAUCUUGUACAUGUACAUUGAGACACAAGCUCAAAUUUUCUAUAAUAUAAAAUACAUGUAAGAAAGGUAUGUAAAGCCUACACAUUCAGAUCAACAGAUAUCUACAUAAAACUGGCGGAAAGAAUCUGCUGAACCCAAAUCUGGAUCUAAAUGCAGCUCUUUGAUGGUGGACUAAACACAGGGCUUGCUGUCUGCAUUGUUUCAAUGUAGUUACAUUUUUGAAGAGAUACAAGCCAAGUUAUGUACGAAGGUUCCUGGGCAGGUACGGGAUUAUGUGAACCUGUAUGCCAGAGUGUGGAUUCAAGAGUGUAGAUAUAAACUGGUUUGACACCUAAAAAUUCUAAACCGUUAUGUCAAUGGUCUUGUUUGCUUUUAAAGGUCAAAAAGAGGCCUGACUGUGAAAUUCUCUCUGUUUCAUUUCCACUAUACCCGUUUAACUGUACCCUUCUUGCUUUGUAGUUUAUUGUUUCCAGAAUAUUCAAGCAAGAAAAAAAUGUCUUCUUCCAGAUAAUUUUAAUGUCGUUUUCAUAUUAAGAGAUGCGUACAUCAGAUUCCUAUUGUCAAACUGGGCAGAGCACUGAGUUUCAAAUUGACAACAGAAAUGAGACACUUAAUUUGAUUACAUUGAGAAGAGAGUUCUUGAAAUUACAUUGAGGACUAUGAUGUCAGAAACGGGCUGGUUUUUAGUCAAAACCAGUGACGGAACCUGACAGGUGAAUGGGUUUUAGAAGCAGAGUGUUUGACAGCCACGCUUAUCUAAGAGAUAAGCACAAUCAACUAAGCUGACGUAGAGUGUGAUAGCACAUGUUGUGUCUCUCGUUCCGUUCACUGUUUGUUUGGAUCAGUUCACCACGUUGACAUCACUCACUUUGUAUUUACAGGGUCAGUGUUUUGUGGCAAUCAACCCAGAAAACUUUGCUCCGGGGUUCAAUGGCAGGAUGACAGAAUUGCUUGGCAUCCACAGAGGGAUGGAUCCAGUGAGUGCUGCUGCUGCUGCUGAUGAUGAUGAUGAUAUGAAACAGACACUUAAAGUUCGGUUCUGUCACUGAGCUUGGUGUAGUGAAUGCUGCUUGUCUCUACAGGCGGACCCUCACUGUCCUGUUCUGGCGGCUGGAGAUCCAGAGAGGAUGAACAUGAAGAAGUGUGACGACAUGGGCGGUAUCCCCUACCACAUUAAUGUCGUCAACUACAUGGUAAGAGAUCGAUUAUCAAGUGAAACAUGUCAAAAUAGUUGAUUAAACUCUAUAGCUAUAUGGACCAAUUUUCUGCUUUUACACCUAACUGUACUUUUUUUUAAUAGUGUGAAAUUUGAGCACAUUCAAUCUUCCUCACAAACCUCAAUAGCAAAGCAAAUAUUUACACCUCUCUAAAUGUUUUACUUUUGCAUUAAGGACAUAACCUUUGACUCCACUUUGCUUUUGAUCACUGCAGAACGAAUGUGCGCAGAAGAUCGGAGUGAGCGAGCUGCUGCCAUGUGACAAAAUCAUCUCCAAUUAGUGACUUCAGUCAAGACCUCGGACUCAUAUGUGUAUCAGGACAUUAAGCUCUGUUAGUACUCAUUUCAUGUGAUGGCAAUCAUAUUUCUUAAUUAUACCAACACUUUUUUAGUAUUUUAAAUAGUUAUAAAUUAUUAAAACUUUAAUGAAAAAUUACAUUUUACAAAGUUUCAUCAGAUAAAAAUUGUACUAUUUAAUAUUUUUUCUAUUUUUAUGGGACCCCUUCAAAAUAAAAAUAUAUAUUUUAAAUAUUUUUUAGUUGGAAGAUACAACCUCCAAAUCCUAGUUUGUACGCUGUACCUCUGAAAGCAAAUACGCACAUGAUUUUUAUAAGCUUUUUAAUUGGCUAUGAAUGAGUUUAUAUUCUGUUUACUGUAGGGGACUCCAAAAAUUCCCUUUUUAUUCAAUAAAAGCAGAUAAAUCUUUUUUUUCCACUCAGAUAUGUUAUUUGUGCUGUGUGCCAGCUGUGUCUUAAGUUCAGUGUUUUCUUAUUAAAUGGACACUUAUUGUAUUGCUGAUUUUUUCGCUUCAUCUUUAUGACAAACAGCAAAAGAGUUACUGGCAUUUAACCACCAGGUGGUGCCAACAGUGUUUGUAUAUCUGCACUUUCUACAGGUGAUGUUUCUUGUGCUGCUAAAAACUCAACAGCCAAAAAGGGUUGUGAUUAAGAAACAAUGCUGCAGUUAUAUGAAACCCAGCAGCUUAGUAAAGCAAACAAACAAUAAUAAUAAUAAAAGCCAAUAAGUGCCUGAAAUUAAAAAUUAACCUCUGAAACGUAGAGAUCAACAGUGUUGUUUGUUUGGGUUUCUUGUUAAUGUGUUCAUGGUGUUAUUUAUGUGACUCAAAGAUCAAUUUGUACCUCAUAGUCAAAUACAAAAGUGACCUUUGACCAUUCUGACCAGGUGAAAAACCUUAAGCUUGCACUCAAACUUUACACCACUGGGGGGAGACAAAGUUUGUAUAAACUCAUGACUACUCAUGGAAGGUAUUUGAUGGAUGUGUGCUGUUCAUGAGGAGACUUUUCAUAGGAGGUAGAUUUUAAAACAAAUCCCCACAUGUCAUGAUAUGACUGUACAUAUGGUACUGUUGCCAUGGAAACGGUCAAGUAUACUGCGUAAAGUUGAUGUCAACUUAGAUACCAAAAUAAUACAAUACUGAGGUUAUUUGUUAUUCCAUUUUUUAAUAUUUUUAACCCUGCAGUGUUUUCAUAAAUUAUGGGACAUCAGCAAGGAAAUGUUUUCUUGAAGAUUUCUAAAAAAUCAAAAUGCUGUUCAAAAUGUGCAGAAUCGAUUGUGUAAAUCUGGUUGUAGUUAAAAUAUCUACUCUUCGGAAUAAACAGCGAUGUGUACUUCAGUUUAGUGUUGCUUGUACGUAUUUCAGUCUCAUGUCAAACUCUCAGGAUGAGGUUAUUAUUUUGCACAGAAAAGCCUCCGGCAAACUUGAAAGUUCCCCAAUCCUGUUGAAAUUGAAUCCACACCUUAAACAGUAACUAAAAAUGACUAAAGGAGAGGCUCAGAGGCACAAGGAGGACUGGGCAGUGACAGAUGCCCAGAUCAGGACCUUAAUCUCCCAUGCCAAAAGUCCUGGCACUCGGCCCUGGAUCCUGGAUGUCCCGUUAACACUCGGCCAGCCGCAGACAAAAGGAGAAAUCAACAAAUCAAUGGGCUUUCAGCUCCACCGGGGGAGGUGCUGGUGUUUGGGGUGGGGGGUGUAAGUGAGUUCUGGGCUGCACUGGACAAGUGUGCGAGUG